UCGUCAUAAUUCAGAGCUCAGCUGAGUCCCCAACGUAGGAGUAGAUAACGUUACAGUUUUACAGAGAAAGAGGAACAGUACUGAGAGCGAGCGAGAGAGAGAAGAUGGGCAUCGUCUUCUUCGUCUCAGUCCUCCUACUGGCCGUUACUUCUUCCGUUAACUCCUGCCCACCGUCAGACCGGGCAGCUCUUCUCGCCUUCAAAGCUGCACUCAACGAGUCUUACUUGGGCAUCUUCAACUCUUGGAAAGGAACCGACUGUUGCAACAACUGGUACGGCGUUCACUGCGACCCAACCGUCCACCGAGUCGCCGAUCUAACCCUGCGCGGCGAGUCGGAAGACCCCAUCUUCGAGAAAGCAGGGCGGACCGGUUACAUGACCGGAACUAUCUCUCCGGCAAUCUGUAAGCUCAACCGACUCACCAACCUUAUUAUUGCCGACUGGAAAGGAAUCACCGGCCCGGUUCCUGCUUGCAUCACUUCGAUACCAUACCUCCGAGUCCUCGAUCUCAUUGGUAACAAGCUCUCUGGCAGUAUUCCUUCUGGUAUAGGCAAGCUCAAGCACCUCACCGUCUUGAACGUCGCCGAUAAUCAAAUCACAGGGAGGAUUCCAGCAUCUAUCGUGAACCUUGCCACUCUUAUGCAUCUCGACCUCCGCAACAACCGUAUAACCGGUGAGAUCCCUAGUGACUUUGGCAAGCUUCGAAUGCUCAGUAGAGCUCUUCUGAGCCGUAACCAGAUUUACGGCCCCAUCCCCAGUUCUAUCUCUAAAAUUUACCGUCUCGCGGACUUGGAUCUGUCAAUGAACCAGAUCUCCGGCACGAUCCCGGAAUCCAUUGGGAGAAUGCCGGUCCUCUCGACGCUGAAUCUAGACGGCAACAAAAUAUCCGGCGAAAUCCCGACGAGCCUGUUGAGUGGUUCGGGCUUAAAUAUUCUGAACUUGAGCCGAAACUUGCUCGAAGGGUACAUACCGGAUGCUUUCGGUCCGAGAUCGUACUUCACGGCGCUUGACCUGUCGUUCAACAACUUGAGAGGCCCGAUACCGAAAUCCAUAACGUCUGCGGCUUACAUCGGCCACAUGGAUCUCAGCCACAACCACCUGUGCGGCAGAAUUCCGUCAGGUGCUCCGUUCGACCACCUUGAAGCAGCUUCAUUUGUUAACAACGACUGUCUCUGCGGGUCUCCGCUCAAACCCUGCUGAUGUUUCGCCCAGCACACGGAAAAGUAAAUAUUGGUACCGGUAUCGGUUUCGGUUGGAAGCUAUUAGCUACCUCUCUGUGUUAUGUAAUAGUUAACUGUAAUAGAUUUAAAAACUAUGUCGUGACGUGUAGAGUGAGCAGACGACAGACCAAAAAGAGGGUUUGCAUGCACGUGAAAAACAGAAUCAAAGACAGCAAAUUCAUAUAAAAGAAUAGUUGCCUUCAUAAUUUUUUUUUUUUAAUUAAUAAGGCUAUCGUUGAACAAGAAAGACAAGUCAGUCAGGGGUGUUUAUGGUAAUUUGUUAAAGUCGUCUUUAUACUAUUUUGAGUAUUUGUGUAGUUUUUUAGAA